UUAAUCGUGUAGAUGAACCUGUGACUCCCACCUCAGCAAAUGUUGCACAGACUAACUCUGUAUCGGUGAAACCAAUGAAACAUAUAUCAGCUGUUAAACUAGAGAAACGAGAAGUUACAACUAUUGCCAAUAAAACUGAAGUCCACCCCGUAAAAGAAGAGAUUCCUUUAUCUGAUGAUUUCAAUAAAGCUAAUGAUCAUAAACCGGUGACCCCAGCGAUCACUCCAGAUUCUAGUCCAAUCGAAGCACCUGUUGACGAUCCAACCAAUAAUUCACAUAAAGUACUUGCGACCGCUGUCCCAAUUCGUGAGAAAGUUUCCUCGCAGGCUUUAGUAGAAACAAAUUCCAAAGUUUCGUGUACGGGUAGUAAUGAGAAUGUGUAUUAUGUAAGUAAUGGGGAAGGUCCAUCUCAUGCUAAUGGAACCGCAAUUACUACUACUGUUACGUAUCGUAAACGCAAAUUUGACGAAGUAGAUGAUGGGAAUAAUUUAGAGCAAGAGCAAGUGGACAUACUCAAUAAACGAUUAGCAGAAUUAGAAAAGCGGGCCAGUAAACGUAGGAGGUGGGAACUUAUUACCUCUACGGUAAUUGGUAUGGUGGCCGGAGUUGUCAGCCUUGGGGUCGGUGCCUACAUGCUAGGAAAUUGA